AGAGUGGUAGAUUGUAGAUGGUGGUAGGGAUAUAGCGCGCGCACACGUUAAAAGACGCCAUUAUUGGUGUUACGUUGAGUUGAAUUUAACGUUGAAUGUUGAAUGUUGAAUGUUGGGUUGGUUUAGUUCGUAGUUCGUACGUUCAGUUCAGUUCAGUGUUCACCGUGAUGCCGGUACGUUAACACGCUUGUGGUUUUAAGUUAUUGUUACUCAUACUACUGGCCCGGUCUUUUGUUAUUGUACAUUAGUAAUCAAUUUUUUUUUUGUACUGUUAUAUUUUAUAAUUACUAUUUUUUAUUUUUUUAAAUAUUAUUUUAUUUGAAUUCAAAUUUAAUUGUGAGGUGAAUUUCAUGUGAUUUGAUGCUUUGUUGGAUUAUUUCGAUUCAAAUUGGGGAAAAAAAGUAAAAUAAAAUUAAAAAAAAAAGGAAAUCAAGUGACUGUGAAAGUGUUUGUGUUGUUUAAAUGUAUAUUAAUAAUUAAAUUAAAGAAAAAAAAAAGUUUGAUACUUAGAGGAUUUGAUGGUGACUAGAUCGAUUACUCGAUAUCCUGAUAGAUGCGAUUGUGUUUACAUAUGAUGCUCAAUGACAUUAUUAUAAUACAACAGCACACUUACACACUUACGGUGAACAAGAGUACGGAGAAUAGAGAACAAAGAGCAGAGAAUAAUAAUAACGACUUAAAAUAUAACAACAAGUUUAAUAAUGAAAUGAAAUGACCCAAAGACACUUAAUCUAUUUAACCUAUUCCAUUGGAUAUUUUGAUAAUUAAGAUGUACUCCGCACCGGCGAGACAUCCAGUCGCUCCCGGUGCUGGUGGAGGCUCUGGAGCUGCGAGUGGACGUGCCAGUGGAUUUACUGUUGCUGAAACAUGUGAACGUAUAAAAGAAGAAUUCAAUUUUAUCCAGCAGCAAUAUCACACCCUCAAACUUGAAUAUGAAAAAUUGGCUAAUGAAAAAACCGAAAUGCAAAGGCAUUACGUAAUGUAUUACGAAAUGUCUUAUGGCCUAAAUAUGGAGAUGCACAAACAGACUGAAAUAGCUAAAAGAUUAAACGCAAUCAUUGGGCAAAUGAUGCCUGCUCUACCACAAGAACAUGGCUUACAGCAUCAACAACAAGUAAUGAAUGCCGUUGAAAGAGCGAAACAACUGACCAUGACGGAACUCAAUGCAAUAAUUGGGCAACAACAACAGCAAGGAUUGCAACAAUUACUGCAACAAAUACAUGCACAACAAAUGCCACAUGGAGGAGUUGUAGGAGGUAUACCACCAGCAGCGAGUCUUUUAGGAUUCGCGGGUGCAGCAGCCGCGGCAGCAGUAGCUGGGGGUGGGGUUGUGCCACCUCAUUUGACAGGACCGCCGCCGCAUCCCGCAGCAACGGCCGCAGCUGUAACUGCAGCAGCGGUGCAAGCUCAAGCUUUACUUAAAUCAUCAGACUUACAGCAGCAUCGCGCUGCUGCUAAUGAAACCCCUGAAGCAGAUCGUAAAUCAAUUACUCUCACUGAUGAACGAUCGACCAGACAUUCUGUAUCACCCAGUGAUAAAUUUCGAUCACGUACACCGGAUAUGGAAGGUGACGCUAAACGACGUAAAGAAGAUAAAAUUCAUCAUGAUAGUGAUGGUGAAAAGAGUGACCAAGAUCUUGUUGUCGAUGUUGCUAAUGAGGAUGGAUCAUCGCCUCACACAAACGGUGACCAUCUAGACCACCGCGAGAAUGGAACACUAGAUAAAUUAAAUCCAUCCAAUCAUGGUAUUUUAUCUUCAAUAAAUAAUAAUAGUAAUAAUAAUAAUAAUGGUGGUGGUGGUAGUGGUAAUAGUGGUAGUGUUGGUGGUGGACUAAGUAGUGUAAUCGGUGGCAGUAUUAACUCUGGAGGACUAAUUAAAGAACGACCCCCGUCUCGCAGCGGAAGUUCAUCAGCACGGAGUACACCCUCACUGAAAAGUAAAGAUAUAGACAAACCGGGUACGCCAGUGGGUUUACCGAAGGGUUCGCGCAGUUGUACCCCAACUAUGGGAGCAAUCCUUGGACCCUUAACGUCGCGAGGGGUUUACCAUCCGGCCUCCUCGCAGCAAACCUCACCGCAGGGAUACCAGGGCUUGCAGUCCCGAGGCAGUGAACCACCACAAUCACCUUCCUCCUAUUCUAGUCUACCCUAUUCUAGAACGUCAAUACUUGGAUUUGAUAAUCAUGUACGUGUACCUUCCACAAAUGGUCUAAACAACAUUUCAGGCGGCAAACCAGCAUAUUCAUUUCAUAUGAAUGGUGAGGGACAUUUGCAGCCAGUGCCUUUUCCGAGUGACGCUCUAGUUGGCCCCGGGAUACCACGACACGCACGACAAAUAACAACUUUAACUCAUGGGGAAGUUGUAUGCGCGGUGACCAUAUCAAAUCCGACAAAAUACGUUUACACUGGAGGUAAAGGCUGCGUUAAAGUAUGGGAUAUGAACAAUUCAUCGUCUCUAUCAUCUAGCAGUAGUUCUUCUUCCUCUUCUUCCUCGUUAUCUUCUUCUUCGGUGACAACAUCAGCAGCGGCAGCAACAGGAGCGACAUCUACUGCAAAACCUGUUUCACAAUUAGACUGUUUACAACGAGACAAUUACAUACGUUCGGUUAAAUUAUUACCAGAUGGUAGGACGUUAAUAGUGGGAGGUGAAGCUAGUCAAUUAAGUAUUUGGGAUCUUGCAAGUCCGACGCCACGGAUAAAAGCUGAAUUGACAUCCGCGGCACCGGCAUGUUAUGCUCUCGCGAUAUCGCCAGACUCAAAAGUAUGUUUCAGUUGUUGCAGUGAUGGCAAUAUUGCGGUUUGGGAUUUACAGAAUCAAUCGUUAGUGAGACAAUUUCAGGGGCACACUGAUGGUGCCUCGUGCAUUGAUAUUUCUGCAGACGGAUCUAAACUGUGGACUGGAGGAUUAGAUAAUACUGUAAGGUCCUGGGAUUUACGUGAAGGCCGACAAUUGCAACAACAUGAUUUUACGUCACAGAUUUUCUCACUGGGAUAUUGUCCUACCGGUGAAUGGUUGGCUGUGGGAAUGGAAAAUUCAAAUGUUGAGGUUCUUCAUGCCACUAAGACUGAUAAAUAUCAAUUACAUUUACAUGAAUCUUGUGUACUGAGUUUGAAAUUUGCGAGCUGUGGCAAGUGGUUCGUAUCAACGGGUAAAGACAAUUUGUUGAACGCCUGGAGAACUCCUUAUGGUGCAUCCAUUUUCCAGUCAAAAGAAUCAUCAUCAGUGUUAAGUUGUGACAUUUCAACAGAUGACAAAUAUAUUGUUACUGGAUCUGGCGAUAAAAAGGCGACAGUAUAUGAAGUGAUAUAUUAAUCUUUAUGUAUUUAUCUCAUUCCCAAGGAUUAACUAUUAAUAAUAUUAACUUUUUAUUGAAAUUAAACAAUUAUGAAACUAUUAGAAGCCUUAUUAGACUAUACAAAGUCACUAAUUGAUAAGAAAAUUUAUUUUAAGUUUGUAUAUAAAUUAUUUAUAACAAUAACAAUAAUAAUAAUAUUAAUAAUAAUAACAGACGAACUAAUAAAUGUUCAAUUAAAAAAAAAGUUCUUAAUUUAUUUGAAAUUAUUAUUUAUUAUCAUAAACAAUAAAUUUAAAAGGAAAAUUAGAUUUUUUAAUUAAAAUAUAUAAAAACAAUCAAAUACAACGAUUACUUAUUUUUUAGGUUAUUUUGAAAAUACAAUAAAAAGAUUGUUUAAGGAUAUUAUUAGACAGCCCCCCUCUCCACACACUUUUUAUAAAUAUUCAAUUACUCAUGUACUUGAAGAUCGGAACGUUUUUUGCAGAACGGAAAUGAAAAGUACAAAUCUAUUGGAUCUAGAUUUUUGAAAUGUUUCGCAUAGGUGCCAGUAUGUCAACUGAAAAUUGCAGGCCACCCCCAACUACACUUACUUUUUGUGUAUAAAAAUUCAAUGAUGAAGUACUUUAUCAAUUAUUUGACACUAUCAACUGUAAUAUUCACUAAAGUCGAAUUUGUUAUCUGAUCUCAAUAAGUCUUCAACCUGUAUUAUUGUUCGACACAACUAUAAUAUGUUAAAUUAGCACAAAAAAUUGAGUGGACUGUUUGAAACAUGUGAUUUAUGUCAAAUUAUGUGUGUGAAAAACGUUCCGAUCUUCAGUCAUAGUUGUCUGCAAAAGAAUCGGCUUUUCUCCCACUACUUCACUAUGAUGAAGUACAUGAAUUUACACUAACGCGCGUGCGCAGUAAUGACUUAAUUGUAGAAAAAAUGGUGGGAAAAAAGCCUAUUCUUUUGCAGACUUAACUUAUACGUAAUUAUUUUCGACUGUCAUGGUGGUCUUAAAAUUUCAUUAACCCUUCAGUACCCAUGUUAUAAGAAUUUUACUCAAGGUCGGUUUCUAUGUUAAUUAUUUUUUUAAAUUCAAAUGGAAAGACCACUUAAAAUUUUUUUUACUUUCCGCAAAUUUUAUAUUCUUUCUAACUGUUUAUUAAAAAAUUACUUAUUUUCAUUAUAAAUAAAAAAAAAAAUUUUUUUUUUAAGACUAUGAGAUUUUUUCUCAUGGCGAAAGUAUUAAUGGAUGAAAAAUUUCAUUCUUCGUUCCUAUUCGGGCCGUCGUUCGGAUAAUUCCGCUGUACGGCAGCGGCCAUGUUUGCUUAAAUUUACAGACACACACAUAUCGGUGUAAAGGAUUGUAGUCAGUUGUAUUAUUUAUUUUAAAAAAUCUAUUCACUUGGAAAGAAAUAAAAAUUGUUAUUUUAAUUAUUCAAAGAUAAUAAUUGAAAUAUGUAAUGUUUUUUAUUAAAAAAACUCUUUUGGAACUGUGAUGCGCAUGCGUAGAAGCUGUGAAAUUUUCUCUCAUGGCGAGAGUAAAGGUGAGUCGAAUAACGUGGGUACUGAAGGGUUAAUGAAUUAUGAAAAAAAUAGCAUUAUUUAAAAAAAGGACGGUUUUAUUUUUUAAAUUUUGUUUAACUCCUAAUUGACAACUGUAAUUUUUUUUAAUUAAUUAAUGAGAUGUUAAUACUAUCAUAGCAGUUGAAAUUAAUUGAAUAUUUUCAUUAAGGGUGGAGGCAAGGAAGGGGGGGGGGGCACUGAAAAUUCCCUUGAAUUAAAGUAUUUAUUAUGAUCUGCGAAGUGACAGUGGGUUCAGACUAACUAAAAUUUUUUUAAAUUAUUUAACUUGAUGUAAAAAUAAUAAUACUAAUACUAAUUAAUCAGUAAUUUUAAUAAAAAAGUAUUAAUGAGUCUUAAAAAUAAAUAUUAAGUAGUAAAAAUAAUGUACAGGUAAAUUAAAAUAAAUUAUAUUAUUAUUCAAAAUGAUAAGUCAUUUAAAUACACAAAUUGUAAAUUUUCUUUCUUAAUUUUAUGAAUUAUUUGUAUGUAUAAUUAAGUAAAGACUGUGAUCAAU